AUGUCCAUACUUUCAUCAUUCAUAUACAAAAGACUCAUAAGACUACGAUGUAGAAGAUGCAUUCAUUGCUCAUCUACCAGCUUUAAACUCAAUACUCACAAUGAACUUACUUUUGAAACUGUUAUCAAAGCAACUGCAAAAUUUAAAAAUGCAAAUGAAAUAAAUGAAGACAAACCACUUCAACAAGUUGACAAGUUCUCACCAGAAUAUAAGAAUGAAAUGGAUACAUUGAUAAACAAUCCUGAGCGAUUGGAAGUUGUAGAUAAAAUGGAAAAAUUAAAAUCUAACAAAGACGCGUCUGAAUCAAUACCUCCCAAAGAGUCCAAAAGAACUGCAAGAUUGAAAAAACUAUCAAAAUCAUCUAAAAUAACAUUUGAUAUUAAUUCAGCAUAUCAAACUACAAAGGAUAUGGCUAAAAAACCUUUAAGACAAUGUAUACCGCCAAAAACUAAAGAUAUACCACAAUUAGCACAUAAUCUAGAUAGAGUAUUAUUUUCUCCAGGAAUUCAUUUUUUACAAGAUCCAAGAACAAGAGUUUAUAAUUUUUCACCAUUUUUAAAAAAAGUUAUUAGUUAUAAAGAUUUUAAUUUUGAUGCAAUUGGAUCUUAUACACCAGUUGAUAAACAUAAAACAUUACUUGAAAAUGCUAAAAAAUUUAAAAAACAAUUUUAUUCAAGUACUUCAUCAAUGACAUCAAUGUUGAGUAAGUUUUAUAUGGUUUUAAAUAAUUAUUCACCAAGGAAAAUUGAAAGAUUUGGGGAUAUUCCUUUUACUGGAUUAGCAACUAAAUUACCAAGUAGUUUAUUUGUUGAACCAAAGGGAGUGUAUGAUAUUGAAGGAAAACAAGAAACUGUUUAUUCAAUACAGGCUGAUAAAUCAUGUGAUUCGGAAAUUAUUUUAAGUGCAAUGGGACUUUGUAUGGAAUGUUUAUUAACUAAUCCAGAAGAUGAAUUUGUAAAAUAUCGAAAAGAUCAUGAAGAUUCAGAACCAGAACAACCUAAAAAUUCAUAUAAUUAUGCAGGAUUUGGAAAAUUUUUAAUGAGAUCACAAUUAGAUUGUUUUGAUCCAAGAUUACCAAAUAACGGAACAUUUGAUUUAAAAACAAGAGCUUCAACAAAUAUUAGGUAUAACUCUCAUGAUCCUAAUUCAAGUGAAACUAAUUAUCAAAUUUUUAAAUUAAAAGGUAAUUAUGAAAGUUAUGAAAAAGAAUUUAAAGAUUUAAUUAGAACAGGUGCUUUAUUAAAAUAUUUAUUUCAAGCAAGAAUUGGUCAAAUGGAUGGGAUUUUUAUAGCUUAUCAUAAUAUUAAUUCGAUUUUUGGAUUUCAAUAUUUACCAGUUGAAGAACUUGAUAAAAUAUUUUAUUCUCGUGUAUCAAAUGAUGAUGUUUUAAUGGAAGACGCAACUGACGAAGAAGUUGAAAGGUUUUUACAAAAUGAUAAUUUACCUUCUUAUGUUGGAGAAAUGCAAUUUAAAUUUUCAAUGGAAAUAUGGGAAAUUUUAUUGACUGAACAUAUUUUGAAAGAUUUACCGAAAGAUACGGCAUUUAGACUCGUUGCACAAACUUAUAAACCUCCAUAUGGUAAACAAAAUCAACUCAAAAUAUAUGUCAUUCCUGUCACUCCAAAAGAGAUAAACACAUUUCAACUGUUUAAUGAAAAAUACCCACUGGAUUUCAAAUCAAAUUUAACACCAGAACAAAGAGAUAUCAACUUACAAGCACAUGCAAAAGAAUUGAAAAAAUUCAAUUCUGAAACUUUAAAAGAUAAACAAUUACUUUCUUAUAUUAUAUCCAUGGGUAAUGGUAAUAUUGAUGGUCAAUUAAAACCAUACUCGGAAUUACCAACAAGUAUAAAUCAACCAUGGAAUUUACAAUAUCACAUCAAGAGACAAAAAAAUCCAACUAUUGAAGAAUUUGAACAAGUUUUUGAAUUACCUAUACAACAAUUAACUGGUAUAUCACCUAAUGAAUCGAAUACUUAUAAAUCUAAAUUUAUCAAAAAUUUACAAGAUAUACAUAAAAGAUAUGAAAAAUUAGGAGGAGCUAGAAAACAAAAUUGGAAGGAGUUAGAACAAAUUCCAAAAGUAUAUAGACCAAAAUAUCAAUUAUAA